AUGUCUGGAAAGAAAGAGAAAAAAGUGGUCGUUCCCUCCAUGAUCGAAAUAAGUCCCGAUAGCACGUGGUCAAGAUAUCAAAUCGAUGAAUUCAAAACAACGAGACACAAUAAACCAGUCUUGUUUGAAGAGCUUGAUUACUCCAUAUAUAAAUCUUCUGCAUACAUGGUAGGUUUCAAAAUGUCGGAAGAGAGGAUAGUAUUAUGGAUACAGGCGUUCUAUUAUCGAUACUACACUGGUCUUCAGAAUAAAUGUUUGAAACUACGCUGGGAAGAACAACAUGCCUCGCUUCGCUCAGCAUGCAAUUAUGCAAAGGGAAAUCCGAUCAGAUUUGUGCAUAAUUUGCAAUAAUAAAUAAUCGGAGUGGAUUACAUCGUGGAUUACAAAUUGAAUUGUAGGGAAUGUUACUUAACUAUAGCUGAAAUGAAUAAUGUGCAGAAGUUUAAAUUGGCAAUCAAUAGAUCCAUUAGUUCUAAAGGAGGUAUUCUGGCCCAUAUGAUCAAUGAUAGCCAGCUUACCAGUUACAUCAUGGACAAGAUGCAAGACUUUGCAUUAAGAGAUGGCAAAGAAGUUAUUGCUAGUUUGGUGAUCGGACGUCAACCAAAUUUUCGUACUGUUGACAUUGGAGGUGAAUUUGUAGACAAAGACGAUCCUACAGCUGUAACAACUACAGUAGACGAUCCAGACACGGCAGUCUAUGUAUUGAACGAUAAACUGCAG